AUGAAGCAUUCUAAUAGCACUCUGGAGUCCUUACCUACAACAUUUAUUUUGGCUGGCAUCCCAGGGAUGGAGGCAGAGCACUUCUGGAUAUCCAUCCCCUUCUGCCUGAUGUACAUCAUCAUCUUCCUUGGCAAUGGCACCAUUCUGCACGUCAUCAGAACAGACACUGCCCUGCAUUAGCCCAUGUAUCUCUUUCUUGCCAUGUUGGCAUUGGCUGAAGUUGGUGUCUCUGCAUCCACCUUGCCUACAGUGCUAGGUAUAUUCCUAUUUGGUACCACAGAGAUUAGUUUUGAAGCAUGCCUUUUCCAGAUGUUCUCCAUCCACUCUUUCUCAAUUAUGGAAUCAGCUGUGCUGCUCGCCAUGUCUGUGGACCGUUUUGUGGCCAUCUACAGCCCACUGCACUAUACAAAAAUCCUGACACUGCCCCGCAUCUUUAGCACAGGGGCAGUCAUUGGGCUGAAAAGCAUUAUACUCAUGGCCCCAUUGCCCAUUCUCUUACAACAGCUGCCCUUCUGUGGUCACAAUGUCCUCUCCCACUCCUAUUGCCUCCACCCCAACCUCAUCCAUUUACCUUGUGGGGACAUUUCUAUCAACAAUAUCUAUGGACUUUUCAUUGUCACCUCCACAUUUGGGCUGGAUUCACUGCUUAUUGUUGUCUCCUAUGGAUUCAUCCUCCAUACUGUACUGGGUAUCACCACUGGAGAAGGGAGGAAGAAGGCACUCAACACAUGUGGUUCACAUGUCUGUGCUGUGCUUGCUUACUAUGUGCCAAUGAUUGGCCUGUCUAUGGUGCAUCGCUUUGGACAUGAUGUGUCUCCUCUGCUGCAAAUCAUGAUGGCCAAUGCUUACCUCUUCUUUCCCCCUGUUGUCAAUCCCAUUGUCUAUAGCAUUAAGACCAAGGAGAUCCGUCGCAGCAUUGUCCGAAUGCUGUCAGAGAAGAGAUUCAGAGUUUAA